CAGCAGUGCAGAGACCCCCGGGCCUGGAAGAGGAAAGGGAGGGGGAAAGGGAAGUGGUCGGGCAGGGGAGGAGGUGGCGGUGGUGCCGCUCCGCCCCGCCCGCCCCUCGGCACUGUUUGGCGGGAACUCCGGGCUUGCUUUGGCGGGAACUCCGCGCUUUGGCGGGCUCGGCAGAGGCGCACAGCCGGAGCCCAGAAUCCGCUCGCCAGCCAUGCCCGCCGACGGGGAGCUGCUGAGCGGCCCCGCCGCCUGCCCGGAGCCCGGCGAGCAGCAGUACCUGCAGCAGGUGCGGCACAUCCUGCAGCACGGCCACCGGAGAGAGGAUCGCACCGGCACCGGCACCAUCUCCGUGUUCGGCAUGCAGGCGCGGUACAGCCUCAGAGAUCAGUUUCCGCUGCUGACAACGAAGAGGGUGUUCUGGAAGGGAGUGCUGGAGGAGCUGCUGUGGUUCAUCAAGGGUUCUACAAAUGCCAAAGAGCUCUCUGCAAAAGGUGUGAAGAUUUGGGAUGCCAAUGGGUCCCGUGAGUUCCUGGAUAAGCAGGGUUUCAGCACCAGAGAGGAGGGUGAUUUGGGACCAGUGUAUGGUUUCCAGUGGAGGCAUUUUGGAGCAGAAUACAAAGAUAUGCACACAGAUUACUCCAACCAAGGAGUUGAUCAGUUGCAAAAAGUGAUUGAAACGAUCAAAACUAAUCCAGAUGACAGAAGAAUCAUUAUGUGUGCCUGGAAUCCCAAAGAUAUCUCACUGAUGGCUUUGCCUCCAUGCCAUGCCCUUUGCCAGUUCUAUGUUCUAAAUGGUGAAUUGUCUUGCCAGCUCUAUCAGAGGUCUGGAGACAUGGGACUAGGAGUGCCUUUUAAUAUUGCCAGCUAUUCACUGCUCACGUACAUGAUUGCCCAUGUCACAGGGCUGAAGCCUGGAGAGUUCAUACACACCUUAGGAGAUGCUCACAUAUAUCUGAACCAUGUGGAACCUCUAAAAGUCCAACUUCAGAGGGAGCCAAGACCUUUCCCCAAACUCAGAAUUCUUCAUGAGAUUAAAGAUAUCAGUGACUUCAAGGCAGAAGACUUCCAGAUUGAAGAUUAUAAUCCUCAUCCACCUAUUAAAAUGGAGAUGGCUGUCUGAUGCUAUAAACCAGCAUUAAAUAUUAACCUGGAAAUGUACCUAAGCUACUUAGAAUC